AUAGUGUGGUACAACACUCUCACCUUCGGCAUCGUUCCUGGAGCGCUCGGACUGUUCGCCGUCUUCAUCAGCUUGUUCGGCGAGAAGGCACGAACCAUGUCUGGCGUUUGGAAUGCGAUUACAUUGGGUGCAUAUUCGGCCAAUGCAGGACGACUCCUCACGAUGUACUCGGGAACCGUCUUCGUCGAUCCGGCAUAUCAGACAGUCCGACAUGCCAUUCAGACGGAUAUUGCAUUCUGCUUCGUGGGCAUAUUAGCGACUUUGGUUCGAUUCAUCCUGCAUGUCUGCGUACAAUGUGGGUGGCUGGAGCUCCGCUGCCCGCGUUGGAUGAACAUGAAGAAGCAAAACGAGGAUAGUCUCCAUGCACAGCCGCUCAUGGACGUAUCCUCGCGCAGUAACAACCGCGCUGGACGACCAAUGAAUCCACGUGCGACGAGGACGAGAACAACGGAGACUCGGCCGGAAAAUGCGACUACGCCGGUCGAUGAUCCUCCGCCGCCUUAUACUUCCAAGGAGCAUACAGAAGUUAGCCUCACAGACGUGUGAGAAGAAUGUGAUAUGAGUGUCGCCGCGGAAGGCGGAACCACAGAUUUUUCAAACGGCUCUUUGACUUGUGUAAAGUCCUUCAUUGCCAUAGUAGACCGCAGAGGACGCGCACGCAUAGCGUCGAGAAUUAGGCG